UUUUAAUUUGUCUUCUCUUUGCUGAUGUGUAUUGUGUUCCUUCUGUAGGUCCUCCAUAAAAUUAAUCACUCAAAUAUCAUAAAGUUGAAAGAGGUUGUUAGAGAAAAUAAUGAACUAUUUUUCAUUUUUGAAUACAUGUCUUAACACAACCACAUUGCACUACUUUAUUCCUUAUGUUGUGGGAGCCUUUGCAAGCACUCGGGUUUCAAAUGAACUAGGGGCAGGGAAUCCAAAGAGAGCAAAAGGUGUUGUACGUGUGGUAGUGAUUCUCAAGGUGGCAGAGGCAGUUAUUGUGAAACAGAAUUACACUACAAAUUGCUCAGCGUUAUAUUGGAUAAUGAAUCUACUACAGGUCCCUAUCACUAUAGGAACAACUUUUUAUGAAGUCGUGCUUCUAUACAAAGGUCAGAGUGUGAUAGCAUCAAAGGGUGAUCAACAAACACGUUGGCAUGUACAACAAUUGAUUCUAUAUUGCAUGUGUGGCAUAAUUUCUGGCAUAAUUGGUGGCUUGCUUGGCCUUGGUGGAGGAUUCAUCUUGGGGCCACUUUUCAUUGGACUAGGAAUUCAUCCUCAGGGGAGGAGACGCCCAAUAACACAAAGAGUCUCCCUAUUGUAAAGCAGAGUUUUUUAUUCAAAGGUUGUCGUGGUUCUCGGUGGUUCAGAAGAGGUAAAGUGAAGGUUGAGUUUCACAUUUCAUAUUUAAUACACUGAUCAUAUAGUUGGCUUGGAGCAGAGGAAUUAAUGCACACACAAUGUAAAGCAAAAGGUCUCCCUUCUAAGUUUUCUAUCAAAGUUAAUAAGUUCUAGAUUUUUCAAUUUAAAGAAGCCUUAUAUUUUGGCACCUCUUAAUUUUAUCUCUACACCUAGCUUUCCACUUCUACGAAAAAAAAAAAGGAGUGUAUGCCUUAGUAAUUAGUAAGUGUACCUUUCCACUUCUAUCUAAAUAUUAUGAUUGAAUUCUCAUUAAGUCAAAUUUUUUUUAAAAUAUGAUUGUUAUUUAAUGAAAUUAGGAAAUUAAAAUUAAGAAUAAAACUUAAUAACACGCCAUAUUACUAUAAAAACAUGUUUUUAAAAUUAUAAAUCCUUUGUGUGUCAAUAACAAUGUUGAAUUGACAUUGUGCUUUGAUUUUAUUUUUGUAUGUUUUAAUUUUGGUAAACAAAAUACUCUGAAUUCAUUUUUAAAAGGUUCUAACCUUGCAUCCCUUAUAUGUUAUUUCACAAUUGAAGAAAAUUAUAUAAAUGUUUGGAUUCUGUUAUUUCAGUGCACGCAUGUGGUUCAAUUUAAAAAAAAAACAUAUUCUAAGGAGAUUAUUUGAAAAACUGUCCUAAAAUGUUUACAUUCUAAGCCGAUUUUUUUAGAAAAUCGUCUUAUAAUCCUUAAAAUAUUUUAUUUUUUUUUAAAAAAAUAAAAUACAUUCAAAGACAGUUUUUUAGAGAACCGUCUUAGAAUGUCUAUAUUUUAAGACGUUUUUUUGGAAAACCUGUCUUAGAAUCCUCAAUUUACUGGAAAUUCUUUUAAAAAAUAAAUACAUUCUAAGAUGGUUCUCUGAAAAAUCGUCAUAGAAGGUCUACUCUUCUAAGAUGAUUUUUAACUAAAAACCAUCUUAGAAAGAUAUUCUUCUAAAACGGUUUUUAGCAAAGAACUGUCGUAGAAAAGUACCUUUUUUCUAAGACAGUUUUUUAUGAAACUAUCAUAUAAAGUAAAGACUUUCUACGACGUUGCCUACGAUGAUGGUGGUUGAUAAUCGCCAUCAAAUGUGUCUUUUAACCGACAUAAAAAGCGCUUUGUGUAGUAGUGUAUUAAGGAGUGUUAAAAUUGAUUUCUGAAAAAUUACAGAACAAUGGAUUUAGACAAACAAAAUUGUUAGAAUUGAGUGCUUUGUGUUUUGCAUUUCUAAAUUCUAUCAGUGAUGUGUGACAUUUAUAUAUAUAUUGAUAAUUUUUUUCUGUACGCACUCUAGGUCUGGUCCGGGUUUGUUUAACCCUUCGCAAAUUGUUUGUUAUAGGUGUUGGUUAGUUGUAUUUUUUAGCUGUUAUGCUAUCUGUGAAUCAAUGUAUUACUUGUUAUUUUAUUACUUGAGAUAUUGAGAUUGGUUUAUGAAAAUAGUACGUAUGUUUGAUCCUUACCUCUACUUCUUGUUGUGUGAAUGUUUGAAUAUGUUUGUCAUACAUGACAUGAAGACGAUGCACAAAAUGUGAUGGCAAGAGCAAGAGGACUAGAGGAAGAGUGAUUGUCAGAUCCUAAUUCUGUCCGAGCCCCAACCCGAAAAAAGAAAAGAGAAAAUAGAGAACAAAAAUGAAGUAAUAAGAAAAAAUAAGAAAAGGAAAAAAACAAUAAAAAAAGAAAAAUUUAAAAAAUGAAAAAAAAACAAAAAGAAAAAGGAACAUUAAAAAAAAGGAGAAAUGAAAAAAAGGAACAAUAAAAAAACAAGAAAACGAAAAAAAAAUGUUUGACCUAUUGGGCUCCCAAGGAUAACUCGUAGGUCAAGUGAGACACAGUGCAUAAAAGCAUAAAAGAGGAAGGUCUCUGCUUUAAUUGUAGAGAUAGCGAUACCAAAAAGAAAAAAGGACCAAUUUGACGAUGCCAUUUGAUUAGCUCUGCCAGAGAAGGGGGAGGGGUCCUUGGGUAAUCCCUUCAUUCCCUCAUUUUCUCUCACGUUCUUCACUUUUCUCCCUCUUCCUCUCCUACGUUCUCUUCUUCUUCUCCUACAAAGCCCCGUUGUUUGUCUCACCAGUGAGCUCUAUGGUCACCAGCGAGAUCUUUACAUUAUGGUAUCGUCAUUUUUUUUUCUAAGGGCUUUAUUUCAUGAUUUUUUUUGCAUUCCAUAAUCAUUUUGUUCUUUUGUUCUUUUUCUUCCUUCAUUUUCCAUUUUCAAGUGAAGUAUCGCAUGCCACUGUUGCCGCUGUCCCCCACGUGGCGGCCUCGCGUCGUAGCGCCCUACACCACUGAGGGGGCACACCACCCUCCGUGGUGGUUCCCCCUUUUGUUGCACCGUUUCAAGGCUAGGACAUGUAGGAUUUUCCAACCAUGUUGUCUAAUUACGGGUUAAGCCGGGUCACCCUGACCCGGUUACAACCUAACCAGAAAAAAUUACUAUUUACACCCUAUUUUUCAAAUAUGCACUCUUUUCUUAUUUUGGUUCUAGCCCAUUUUUUAUGAAGUCUGAAAUAAAAUAAAACAUUUAUUUACACCUUAUUAACACAUGCACCUUUUUCAUGUUGGGCCUAGCCCAUUGUUUUUGUGAAUCCUGAAAUAAAAUAAAUGUUGAUGGUUACAUCCCCUCCUUCAUAUCUGCACCCCAGCAAUCCGUCUGUGUUGACUAAGUCAAAUUCAACCCUUUGACUUUGACAAAAAAA